GGAACGCUGGGUUCGACUGCACUGGCAUCACAGCAGGAGGCACAGAGAGACCACUGCAGCUCUACCCCAUAACCGCAGGACCGGACCGGACUGUGCAGGACCAACCAGCUCACGGACUCAGGAGGCGGGACCAUGUCUUUCUCUGGGAUACUGAAUGAUGAGGACGUCAGGGCGGCAGUGCAGGCGUGCCAGGCUCCGGGCACAUUUGAUUAUAAGUUGUUCUUCACUCAAGUGGGCCUGUUGAGGCGGUCGGAUGUGGAGGGACAGAGAGUGUUUAACGUUCUGGACCGAGACCAGAGCGGCUUCAUCGAAGAAGAAGAGCUCAAGUUUUUCCUGCAGAAUUUCUCCUUGGGAGCCAGAGAGCUAACCGAGGCAGAGACCAAGGCUUUCCUAACUGCUGUGGACAGAGACAGCGAUGGAAAGAUUGGGGUUGAAGAGUUCUGCUCGCUGCUGAAGUGAAGCUGAGACGUCGAUUUUCGGCCAUUUUUUUACGUCCAAUGAAACCCAAUGAACCAGCAUUCCCGCCUGAAUACAUUCCUUUUAUACCACUGUUUGUCUGUCGUAGCUAGCGCUUUCAAUGAUGCGCGAUUAAUCAAAAACAAGAAGUGGAAUACUGACCAUUAAGCAUGUAACUAACAAGCGACAUGAUGACAAAUGUGCUAUUAAUAAAGAAACUUAAAUCUAAA